GCGGGGUCCAACCACACUCCUCGUUAUGCAGAAACCUCUUAGUACUUCACCCCACCCCGUUUUGCGACGUUCCUGACCUCACCCACCCCCACUUCGCAUACUGAACUACUUUGUGCCUUGGCGGCCGCCGUACGGCGCUGCCUUGUGGCAUUAGGAGUCGUUCUUGGUUUCGCGGGAGGUGCGGAUCGCUUUUCGUCCCGCAGUCGGGGGGAAGAGUGGUUUCUCCCAAGCUGUUUCCGCUAUGUUGUAAAGGAACAGGCGUGCGGGACAAAGAGAGGAUGCUGCGCUUUGUAGCCCGUGCCUUCUGUUCUCCGCUUUUCUGUGACAACAACAACAACCCCUCCAGGACUGGCAGCCAGGGGAUCCCGGAGUCUUGCUGAUACCCAUAAGCCCCUUGGGCAUUCUUGUCCGGGCCAUGUCCUGUAACCCGACCGGCUUUCUUACCCCUCUGCUGACAUCAGCAAACUAGUAACUAAACUAGUAGGCCGGAAGGCGCUCAGCUUGUUGAAGGAUAUUGUUUAUCAGGAGGGGAGAAUGGCCAACCAACCCGUCAUCCUCAAUGUGUAUGAUAUGUACUGGAUUAAUGAAUACACAUCAUCCAUUGGGAUAGGAGUUUUCCACUCCGGAAUUCAGGUAUAUGGAAGAGAGUUUGCUUAUGGCGGACACCCCUAUCCAUUCUCUGGCGUGUUUGAAAUCUCUCCUGGAGAUUCCAGCGAACUAGGAGACACCUUUAAAUUUAAAGAAGCGAUUGCCCUGGGGAGCACGGAUUUCACAGAAAACGAUAUUGAAAAAAUAAUAGAGGAACUAGGAAAAGACUAUAAAGGAAAUGCAUAUCAUCUCAUGCACAAAAAUUGCAACCACUUCUCAUCAGCUUUAUCAGAGAUCCUCUGUGGGAAGGAGAUUCCUCGCUGGGUUAACAGACUAGCCUACUUCAGUUCCUGCGUACCAUUUUUGCAAAGCUGCCUACCCAAGGAAUGGCUGACACCGGCUGCUUUGCAGUCUAGCAUAAGCCAGGAACUCCAGGAAGAACUGGAGGAAGCUGAAGAUGCUGCUGCAUCAGCCUCCACCUCUACAACUACAGUCCCCAGACCUGGGCGCCACACCAAACUAUAAAAGUAUACCUUAAGGAGAAGAAUGCAUUUGCAAUGUUUAGAGUGAUCUCCAGCAACUGAUAUUCCUACCCCACAAUUGGGAUGUGAGAACAUAUCUUUCCCCUUCUCAGCUCAGGAUUCUAUUUGUAUUCGGCAAAAUACGCGUGAUAAAACAUGUGCAAGUCACUUUGUCACCCAUUUGUCGAUGCUCCUAUAUUAUAUCAUACACGUCCUGCCUUUGUUUUAGUAAUUGUGUUAAUGUAUUUUUUUCAGUAUUCGGAUUUUUGCUGUUUACAAGUCUUAAUGCAUCUUACUGCUAUCUAUGAAAGGGAGAUAUGUAUGGCUGUUACGGUCUUUUACCUCAUAUUUACAGAUACUUAGAAAUAAUGUAGCUGUAUUGCAGCAACACAACUGCUUACAGAUGUUUGAGCAGGUUUCAUACAAGGGGCGUAAA